AGUUUAGUCACUCAAUAAUAAUCCUACAGUCACUUUGUUUGUGAAACUUGUUUUACUGUUUUGGUAAGGAAUACUGCUGAAACGUCUUGCGUGUGAUUUUAUCAAGAGAUAUCAAGUAUGUUGGACUGCGAUGAUCCACCUCCUAGCAUGGUUACUCAUCUUUCUCCUUUAAAUAGACUGAAACUUUGGGAUUUGAUGGAAGACAAAUGUUUGGACAAUUGUUCAGGACAUGGUGAUUGCUAUGAAGGAGUUUGUUUUUGUGAGGUGCAGUACAGUGGGGGAAGUUGCACCGAUCCAAACCUGGGAUACUUCAUUACGUUUUCCAGUGUAUUUUACAUCAUAAGUGUUGUAUCUUUCAUACAGCUGCUGCUCUGUGUGAAAUCAGAAUACAGAAGAAUAAAGUCUCCAUCUGUGUUAAAAGCAUGUAGAAUCACAACACAAAAAGCACUGUAUGUUUUAAUCUGUAUUGCUACUUCUAUCAGAGGAUCUUACUUCUCAUCACCAGAGAAUGCAACACCUCAAUGGACAUCUAGUUUAUUAAGUGCUUAUUAUCCACUUCUCCUUACAGGUUCCUCUCUCAUUGUCUGCUUUUGGGCAGAGAUAUUCCACUUGCAGGACAAGACACUAGAUAAGUUUUCUUUCCUCGACAAAUCAUUUUUUGGUUUUCUGGCCUUUAACAUAAUUACAUAUUCAUUACUUCUGGCUGAACUGCUUUUGCUUCAGCUGGGAAAUCGAAGUGACAAUGAAAAGAGUUUCUUCACCAGUGUGUUCAAUGGACUCUAUGCAGGUCUCAUGCUCAUUGUACUAAUUUUUUUUCUUGUUUAUGGAACUCUUAUGUAUUUUAAGCUUCAAGGAGAGUUCAUCAAGAAUUCCACAACAACUAUAAAUACUUCUCAGCUUCAUCAGUCCAGACUAGGACUUGUUUCUCAAGGAGUAUUACUUCUCAUCACUGUAGCUUUUAUCAUCUCGGACACCCUUGGAAGUUCUUGGAGAGAUAAGGUCCCUGUUUUGAGUCGUAACUGUCAUGAUGUGAUGUUUCGAAUUGUGGAAUUAGGAGUGGCUUUGUGGUUUCCUUGUGUCCUGUGGAACUGUAUUAGUCCAGAGCAGUUAUGGAUUUUGAAUCCAAAGAAGAUUUUAAAGAAACUAGAGCAGGACAAAUGGAUUUUGCCAACUGAAGAAGAAGAAGCCCUGGUUUCUUCAUCUAAAGAAGUAGUACUCAGAGCAGAUCUGAAUGUUUCACUGGAGAAUCUGUCUGAAUGUUGGAUCUGCUAUGAUUCUGAAAGACAGGAUGUUGGGCCUCUAAUCCAGCCAUGUCUGUGUAAAGGGGAUAUGUCUGUAGUUCAUCACGACUGCUUAAAAAAAUGGCUAGUUCAAUCAUCAAAUAAUCCAGACAACAUGAGAUGCAAAGUCUGUAAAGUAGAAUACAAGCUUGAGAAAGGAACUGUCUGGGUAUCUAGAGGACUUACCAAAACUCAGUGGUUGCAGACGUCUGCUAUAGUCAUAUUCAUGUGCAGCACUAUUGGAGGAGCCUAUUUGUUGGUUAAGAUGUUUGAUAAUGUUGCCAUUCGGACAGCAACAGUAGGAAUAGCACUGUUGGUUCAGUGUGUAUGCAUGAGGCUUCUUGGGUUAAAUUUCUUGACUGCAUACCAUCAAGCCAUGUUCUCAACAGUAAGUAUACUGGAACACAAGCCAGAAGGUGCUACUACAGUAUCAGGUGCACAGACCAAAAUGGUCUGUGAUGAGCAACUCAAUAACACAGAGACUGAAGUACCAAAUGAAAAAGCUUUAUCAAGUACUGUGUUAAGUCCAUAUGGUGGUGGUGUGGCUGUGGAAAGCGAGGUUAUCUGAUUAUUAUAAGUCUGUGAUAUUGAAACACUCUUAAUUUAAAAAAACAAAAAUUACUGAAAAAUAUGGUGGUGGUGUGGCUGUGGAAAGCGAGGUUAUCUGAUUAUUAUAAGUCUGUGAUAUUGAAACACUCUUAAUUUAAAAAAACAAAAAUUACUGAAAAAUUUUUUCAGUAUCUUUGAAAAUAUUUAACUACUGGAUCAAACAAUAUAAAGGAAUGUUUUUUUCGUCUAGCAGUAAAAAAAUUAAGUAAAUUUUUUUAACACGUCAUCACUUCUUAUGAAUAUUCAGAGAGGUGUUAAAACUUCAUGUACAUUCCUACAAUAGACAAAUUUUGCAAUAAUUCAGUGUUAUUUUAUUGGUUUAUUUGUGUACAGGAAGAUAAUUUGCGAGAUAAAUUCCAUUUGUAGAAGAAACUGUACAGUGAAGGGAUUGCUCAGUUGAAGGCAGCUGAGCCAAUCAUCUAAGUGUUUGUUUUACUGUAAUACGUGGCAGAUAAUUACUUAAAUCUCAGUUUAUCUUUUGGCUAAAAAAAGUGUUCAUUACAAAAUGUUAUAAAGUUACAUAUUUAAAGUGUAUCAUUUUUAUUAAAAGUAUUUAAAUUGUUAAUAUAUGUAUAGAAAUGUUUAGUUCCAAGUUGAUGGGUAUGAAAGUACAGUGAUAGCUGAUGUGUUAAACUUUAUAUUAGCACAAAAGAUACUUGUGAGUAUACAAUGUGACUACUUCAUGUGGCACCAUGGCCAUAAGUGGCAUGCCCACACUAUCAUGCGAGUAUCACAUUCGUAUACCAAAACACUACUGUAAUGCAUGAAUGUAAUUUGUAUGUAUAAAAGUUCCAGUUAGAACAUUAAAAGCUGGUAAAAUAUUGGAAAACAAAUAGGUCUAAGGUUUUUAUAAAAAAAAGUUGACUGCAUAUGUUUGUUUUCCACAUUUUUCUUAAUUUGUUCAUUGUGACUUGAAAUCAGAGGUGUGUAAAAAAUAGCAUUUCAGUCAGAUCUUUUGUCUUCCAGAAGUUACUGCCCAAUAAGCAUUUCAUUCAAUUCAAAUUAAAUGCAGAAUUUGUUUUUUAAAAUGCAAGUUAUUAAAUACCUCUGAUUAUUAAGAGAAGUGUAAAAAAAACAUCUGCAGUUAAAUUGUUUUAUAACAAUUUUAGGCCUAUUAGUUUUCCAAUAUUUCACCAGCUUUCAGCAUUUAAGCCAUAACUAUUAUAGUAUGAUACUUUUUAUAUACAUAGUAUUUUAUAGAAUAAUUUUUUCAUUAUCCAGCCUAAGUGAUGAGUUCUGGUAUUGAGCAAAAAACAUAGUGUCAGUGACUUGUGGGAAAUAAUAUAUAGAUCUGAAAUGCGUUUUAUUAUACACCCUUGAUUUUGAACUGCAAUGAACAGAUUGAGAGGAAUAUAGUAAAACAAAAAUCUGCAGUUAAUUGUUUUUAUAAGUUAUUUGUAUCUACAUGGUUGAGAUGUGGUUAAGUCUUUUUUUUUCAUGCUAAAUGGCAUUAUCAUUAGAUCACCAAUCCUAAUAUUUUUGAGUAUGUGAAAGAUCAUUGUAGAGAAAUUUAGAAAUUCUGAACUUGACUAUAAAGAUUAAAAUAACAAAUACAGGCAAAUCUUUAACCAGAAGUGAUUGUUUGAAGUACAAGUAUGUGUGUGUGUGUUUGUAUGUAACUAUUACUUAUUGCACAUUGAGAUGUCAUAAAUAUGCAUAAUAUUAUUAAUUUUAUAAUUAAAUUUACAUUGAUGGUUAAACUAGAGCUGGGCAAUUAAGUUGAUGUAAUCAGUUACCUAUGAGCAUCAAUCAAUGUAAUGACAAUAUUCAUGUAAUUGAACUUAGUGUUUCCAGUAAUUAAUGUAUUUGAUUAUUCUGUCUAAGUACCAUAUAUACUUGUGUAAAAGUCGACAUAGUUUUUCUAGCAACCUAACAGAGCAACUGCUCACCCAAGGCCAGAUCACACUUUAUACCAAAAACUUGUGAAAACAAACAAAAAUGCAUAAUUCUACCAGCUCUACUUGGUCCCAGGUACC